UUUAAUACGUCAGUAGGUAGAGAAAGCACUUACUCUACACAGUACGGGACAUUUUACAGGACACACUUUACACAGAUAGGACAUAUUACACUCUGAGUGUUCACUGUUUUCGGAUUUAUACAAAAUGUGUGGUGGUAGUAAGGUAGAGGAUAUAGAAGAAGAGGAUGGAAAAGACGAAAAGAAAAAAGUAGAUGCCGGGGAGCCAAGAAAAUAUGAUCCAAACUUCAAAGGUCCACUGAAGAAUCGGUCCUGUACAGAUAUAAUAUGCUGUCUCCUCUUCCUCUUCUUCCUCUCGGGAAUGGCGGUGUGUUCCAUCCUCGGUUUUACCCGAGGAAACCCUUACAAGUUGAUCUACCCUACUGACAGCUCCGGCAACGUAUGUGGACUUGACUCCAAAGCGGGUAAACCAUACCUGAUGUAUUUUGAUGUCCUACAAUGUGCUAAGAUGGGAGCAAACGCUAUUGUUGCAGGCUGUCCGACGCCACAGGUAUGUGUGUCAUCAUGUACCACGGACUACUGGGUUUAUCUGGAGGCUAUAGCAACCACCAGUACAUCCGGACUUCUCUGUAAGGACUCCAUAGAUACAACAUCAGUCUCGUACACACAAAUCAGUAGCCUUGUGUCAAAUGACGACUGCGCAGCCUACUAUGUAAAGAAUACUCCAAUUGUUGGUCGUUGUGUGCCCUCGUUCUUUCUGGAAAUCACAAAUUAUGCCUCUAACCUACAAACCUCUGGGUCCUACAACCUGACGACGUCAAGUGGUGGAUCUGUCACAGCCAAUGAAAUGACAGAUGCCAGCUAUUACCUGGCUAAAUUUUACACUGCCACGCAGUAUAUAGAGAUGGUCUUCAAGGACAUUGUGGCGUCUUGGUGGCUCCUGCUGGUGUUUGCGGGUAUCGCCAUGGUAGCAUGCUUCAUUUGGAUCAUUCUGCUGCGUUGGAUUGCAGGCGUUAUGGUCUGGAUCAGCGUAGUUCUGGUGUUCGGACUUCUCGGAUUCGCAUGUUACUACAGCUAUUCGCAGUACUAUGAACUGAAGAAUCAGAACAGUACCGCUACCUACGGAGUGUCUGAAGCUUUCGCCCUCAACUUCAGUUACUACCUCCAGCUCAAGGAGACUUGGCACUAUUAUGUAUUGUACACAAUCACCUCUGUUUCAGCCUGUUCUACUGCAACAUUCCUGGUCAUUUUCCUCCUGAUAUUCAUUUUCCUGGUGAAGAGAAUUUGCAUAGCCAUUGAACUGAUCAAAGAAGCCAGCAGAGCUAUCGGCCACAUGAUCUUCACACUGAUUUGGCCAAUCUUCCCAUUCAUCCUUCAAGUCUGCGUGGUUGGUUACUUUGGAGUCAGUGUUGCCUAUAUAGCGUCCAUGGGUGAUGCCCAGUAUUACAACAACUCGACCAACACUUCGACUGACGGUGUCAACUACUACCUUGAGAGGGUCACCUGUUCACCUAAUGACACAACUCUCGGCUCAUUGUGCGAUUUUGUCAAGUAUGGUGGGACAGAGUAUAUAAUACCUAUGCAGGUCUUCAUGUUAUUCAUGUUCCUGUGGCUUAACAAUUUUGUGAUUGCGUUUGGACAAAUGGUCCUAGCUGGUUCAUUCGCCUCGUAUUACUGGGCCUUUGAAAAGCCAAAGGAUAUUCCUCAUUUCCCUAUAACUGGAUCUAUCUGGAGAGCUUUGAGGUACCACACCGGGUCACUAGCAUUUGGUUCGCUCAUACUGGCUAUCAUCCAGUUCAUCAGGAUUGUGCUGGAGUACCUUGACCACAAACUUAAAGACAGUGAAAAUAGGGUGGCUAGAUUUUUUGUCAAAUGUUUAAAAUGCUGCUUCUGGUGUCUUGAAAAGUGUGUAAAAUUUCUGAACAGAAACGCAUACAUAAUAGUUGCAGUUUAUGGGAAGAAUUUCUGUUCAGCAGCGAAAGAUGCAUUCUUUCUGAUACUUCGAAAUGUUGUAAGGGCUGUUGUGCUUGACAAGCUUACUGACUAUGUAUUGUUCCUGAGCAAACUUGUGGCUACAGCUGGAGUUGGUGUUGGUUCAUACUUUUGGUUCCAGGGAAAGAUUAAUUUCUUUUCCGGCUAUGUGCCUACGCUCAAUUUUUACAUUACACCAAUCGUGAUUGUAAUCAUCGGUACAUUCCUGAUUACGUGUGCAUUCUUCAGUGUCUACACGAUGGCAGUUGACACCUUGUUCCUCUGCUUUUUGGAGGACCUUGAAAUGCAUGAUGGUUCCGCUGAGAAACCUUACUUCAUGAGCAAAGGUCUGAUGAAGAUAAUCGGCAAAAAGAACAAAUUUGAGGACCCAGAAGAGAAUGACAAAAAAGCUAAACAAAUCCAAAGGCAAAAAGGAAAAAUAGAUGAUAAAAAUAUAAUUGAUAUUCUGUUUUAUCAGAAAUUCACUUAAGCAUUGAUGUCAUUUUUUUUAGUUUUCAUCGGGGUAUGAAACAAAUUUUGUUCGCAAACUGUAUGAAUCCGAUGAAACUAAAA